AAAAAGCAAGUAGCACACUCCGAUGCAGUAUGAGCAGCACACUGGUCCAAUUCUGCUUUAACACACAGCUUGUAUUGUUAUUUCCACCCGAUACUUGCCUGAAGGAUUACAUUUUCUUCUCUGAUGGGAUGGUUGCUUGUGAAAUUCUGCUGUUAUGAACAUGGAUGUUAUUAUUCUCCAGAUAAGAUAUUUUCAUCACUGAUAUCUUAAAAAAAAAAAAAAACAAUCCACAUUCUUUCUAUGGACAAUUUAGACACCAACGUUAAAACAGUGUGUUUAUAAUAUAGGUGAGGAAGAAUUCCCUCCAGCAAAGAACAAAUCUGAAAUACUGGAAAAGAACAACAAACUCAAUUAAUUAAUUUGACCAAUACCUCUUCUUAUCAGACUUUAUAACAUGAAGUCCACGAUCAUAGCCCUGGUUGUAGCAAUAAUUUUAGGUGAACAGCUUGUGCUGUUCACAGCUGCAUACAGCUUCCAAAACUGUAUAGAGAGCCCAACAAACUGCAGGUUUAACUGCAUCAAUCGAGGGAAGGCAAACAUUUCUGCACUUCUACAAGACCUCCCAGGUAGAGCCACGUCCCUCAACAUCUCCCAUAACCAUCUUUUGCAUAUUCCCCCAGGGGCCUUGUCUCACCUCUGGAAUCUCAAGACCCUGAGAAUUGACUGUAACGACUUGAGAAAUGUGAGCAGUCACACUUUUCUGAAUCUGACUCAGUUGGAAACUUUGAAUCUCUCCAUUAACAAGAUAGAGAUAAUCAAGCCCUCAGCAUUUAGUGGUCUGCUAAAUCUAACCAAGCUUGUGCUGAGCAAAAACUCUCUGCAGAACCUCCAGCCCAAAGUUUUUUUGGAUCUUGAAAAACUAAAAACUCUAAACUUACGGAUUAAUUAUUUAAAUAGUUUUUCUGAGAUUGUUCAAUCUGUGGCUCACUUGCACAGUUUAAAAGAGUUAGACCUCUGUGAUAACCACCUGAAUUCCCUUCACCAUAACUUAAGCCUGCCUCCGUCCCUCAGCACCCUCUAUCUCUGUAAAAACCGUCUAUACACUUUAGAGUGUAACAGUACAUUCCUGAGCAGAAUCCGUUCAUUAGACCUUUCCAACAACUUGAAGCUGCAAGCAAAUUGCUUCAUAGGCCUAGACCUAAGGGCUAUUUCUUGCCUGCGAUUGCAUAGUACUAAUGUCUCAGCCUUGGCACUUUUGAAAUUCAGCAAUGUGAAACCUGGCAAUGUAGACUUCUCAGGCUUGGCUUUGAACAGCAGCCUCAAUCUGAUGAGACUAUGUAGACUAUUGAGGAAGGGGCAAAGGAAACUGCACAAACUGACCCUCCAGGGAAAUAACAUUGUGACUCUGAGUGGAGGAACCUUCAAAGAUUGUCCUAUUGUCAUUCGUACAUUGGACCUCUCCCACAAUCACCUAAAUGAUACAUCCUGCCUACGAUUCAUGAGAGGACAGAAUCACUUAAAAAGUAUAAUUUUGGAACAUAACCUGCUAAACCACAUUACAUCCUGCCGUGGUCAGCAAGAAGUGUCUUUCCCAAACCUGACUAGUCUAAGCUUCCGCUACAAUCGCAUUCGUGAUAUAAAUGCCUUUGCUUUCAGUCAAACCCCCAGAUUAACCACACUUAAACUCAAUAUAAACAACAUUGCCCAUCUGGAUCGUAAAGCCUUAACGGGGCUAACCGAUCUCAUCACCCUCCGUCUGGACAACAAUCUUCUGACGGACCUUUACGAGAGCACCUUUUCAGAUUUGAGCAGUCUGAAGAGACUCAGCCUGCGGAACAAUCGCAUCUCUGUCAUUUUCAAUAGAACAUUUCAUUCUCUCAACCUCUUGCACUUUCUGGAUCUGGGUGGGAACAAGAUUACUCACCUCAAGCAGGAAGCCUUUGUUGGGCUUCACAACCUCUCCAACCUCCAUCUGGAUGACAACCACCUCAAGGAAAUUGACAGUGGUCCAUUUGGGAGCCUAGGGGGCACACUGCAAGUCCUGGACUUGAAGAUGAAUUUCAUCAGGUUCCUAAGGAUGAGCACUCAGUCCCCAUUUGUUAAUUUGACACAGUUGAGAAACCUCAAUCUGGAUGGGCAGCGGCCAUUUGGAAUUACACUGCUGCCAAAUGCUUUUUUCAGAGGCCUUCAGAAUCUCAGAGCCCUGUACCUUGUAAACAACAAAAUAUCCUAUCUUCGAUCGGAUACAUUUGAUGAUUUAGGAAGCUUGGAGCAUCUCUCAUUGGACGACAACUAUAGCGGAGUGAAGAAGCUCGAGGCAGGGAUCUUCAAAAACCAACAAAAACUAAGGAGACUCAGUGCAGAGAAUAUGGGUAUACGUUCGUUGUCAGCUGAGGUUUUUGGUAACCUGACUGAGCUGCGAUCGUUGAUGCUCCUCAAAAAUGCCCUGCAGACUGUAGAUGCCACUGUUCUGAAGGGCCUCUCCAAUCUCCGUUACUUUGACUUGCGCCUUAACCCAAUCAGCUGCACCUGUCCCAAUAGUUGGUUUCAGAACUGGACCAACAAUAACCGGCAAGUCCAAUUUGUGUACCUUUACAAUCUUAUGUGUGCCGAUGUUCAUGGUGCUUACUUUUACAAUUUUGACACCAAGGUUUGUUACUUGGACCUCGGUGCCUACCUUUUUGCCUCCACUAGCACCAUAAUUAUCCUGCUGUCUACAAUCCCCUUGCUUUAUGUCAAGUUCUAUUGGAGGCUAAAAUACAGUUAUUAUGUGUUCCGCGCCUGGUUCGGUGAGCACUGGAGGCGACUACGGGAAGAGGAGGAGGAGUGUCAGUAUGACGCCUUUGUCUCAUACAACUCUGCUGAUGAGGAGUGGGUGCUGGAGCAGCUCCUUCCGAAUCUGGAGGAAAGAGGGUCAUCGUUCCGGCUCUGCCUCCAUCAUCGCGACUUUGAACCAGGACGAGACAUCGUAGACAACAUCGUGGCGGCGGUGUAUGGGAGCCGCAAGACAGUGUGCGUGGUGAGCCAGCACUACCUGAACAGCGAAUGGUGCUCCCUAGAGAUCCAGCUGGCGAGCUAUCGUCUCUUCAACGAGCUCCGGGAUGUGCUGCUGCUGGUCCUUCUGGAGCCCAUCCCCGAGAGGCAGCUGUCAGCCUAUCAUCGUAUGCGGAAAGUCAUGCUCAAGAAGACCUACCUCCAGUGGCCGGGACAUGACUGCACAGACCCCGAGAAGGCACAAGAGCUGUUCUGGAACCAGCUGCGGAGAGCGCUGAGAGGUGGCAGUGACAGUCACCAAGUUGAGGCAGAGGGAGAGCGGGAACGUGUGGCGAAUCCAAGGCCUGUGGAAGAUGAAACAUGCUACUUAAGGCCUUAAUGGUGAACAUUUAUAUACACAUUUUACAUAUUAAUAAUGCGCCCACACAUGCAUCUGCAAAUCCAACCUGGAUUUUAAGCCUUUUUCUUUCAAGAGUUUGAAUAAUUAAUUCCUUCUGUUGUAAAAUGAUGAUGGGAACUAUUUGUUGUGUCCAUUCACUAUCUGAUUGUUGCAUUUGUUAUAUCUAUAAACCAUGUGUGUGAUUAUUUGCCACUUUGCUAUAUUCACAAAUGUUUACUGAGGCAGCUUAUUUUGUACAUGUUAUAAAUAUUACCAAAUAUGGUCAUGUCCUUUUUACAGUCAAUCUGUAUGACUGAUAAUGAUGUUCUGAUGUUUCUAGGAUGUGUGCAUUGCAGUGUUCCACAGUCUGAUGAAGGUCUAGCACCAAAACGCAAAUGUUUUUUGCAGUAUGCAGUUGUUGCAUUGAGUUCUUUAUUUUUUCUAAUACUUUCCUGCCUCUUUUGCACCUGCAGUGAAAUAUAAAAUGUAC